UUUACGACGACGGCUCACUUUCUUUUUACGUUUCGCAGCCGUCGACAUUAACAAUUCCUGUCGAAGUGCCGAGUGAUAAACAAAAAUAAUUCGUGUACCCGCAGCAGAAAAUCUGACGGUGGUUGUUCAAUCCAGUUGACCAUGUUGGGCACAAUACUUUCAAGAACUAGAUCAAUUUGAUUACUCGUCAAAGCACGAGGAUUUGUUUGUGAGAAACUCUGAAGUAAAAUGAACGGGCACGGGAACAGAAGAUAUGGAAAUACGGGCGGUGUGCCUCCUCGCUGGUUAAGAUGUCCUAGAAAAUCAACGAACUACAUUGCUCAGAAAUUUAUCGUAUUCAAAACCCCCUUGUCAAACCAGUAUGACGAUCAUGUUGCAGUAGAACAUCGAUUUUAUCCUCAAAUGAUUAUUGAUUAUGUCAAGAGUACAAAGAUGAAGCUGGGACUAUGGAUCGACUUGACUAAUACUGAUAGAUUUUAUCCUAGUGAGCAGAUAAAAGCUGCGGGUAUUCGAUAUGUGAAAGUGAACUGUAAAGGGCACGGUGAAGCCCCAAGUGGCGAACAAGUCAAGUUAUUCAAUCAAAUUUGUGAACAAUACAUGGAACAGUUUCCAGAUGAUAUUAUUGGAGUGCAUUGUACGCAUGGAUUUAAUAGAUCUGGCUAUUUGAUUUGUGCAUUUCUUACUUCUGUUAUGGAUUGGGAUGUCAAUGCUGCCUUGCUGCAGUUUCGUCAGUUUAGACCGCCUGGCAUUUAUAAACAAGAAUAUAUUAACCAACUGUGUAAGAUUUAUGCAAGUCCCGAUGAUGCUACUCCACCCCCAACGGCACCUGAUUUACCAGAAUGGUGUUAUGACGAUGUGGACGUGCGAGAUGAUGAUGGGUUUGCCAAUUCUAGUAGUAGUAAUAGUGUAAAUGGAGGUGCCGAUGGAGGUCCUUCUGGUUCGAGAAGACAUCAAAAUGGAUCAGAUUAUCAACCACAGGCAAAACGAAGAAAAGAGCAUUUCAAGGGAAAUCCUACCUUUAUGGAAGGUGUGCCAGGUGUUCAUCCAAUUACCGACAGAAACAGGCUCAGUACAUUGCAGGCUAGAGUUCAAGAUAUGUGCGAAUGGAGGGGAACGGGCUUUCCCGGCAGCCAACCUAUAUCGAUGGACUUGGAAAACAUAAAGUUAUUGGCAGAAAAACCUUACAUGGUGUCUUGGAAGGCGGAUGGAACUAGAUAUCUCAUGUUGAUUGACGGACCUGGACAAAUUUACUUUAUCGAUAGAGAUAACUGUGUAUUUGAAGCACCCGAAGUCAGCUUCAGAUUCAAGAAAAAUCUCGAUGAACAUCUUUCCAAUACAUUAGUGGAUGGGGAAAUGGUUUUGGAUAAGGUGAACGAUGAAUUAAUACCACGCUAUUUGAUUUACGAUAUUAUAAAAUUUCGAGGCGAAGACGUUGGAAAGGUUGAUUUCCGAAUUCGACUGACUUGCAUACGGGAUGAACUGAUUGGCCCUCGUACCGCAGCCAUUGAAAAGGGAAUUAUCGAUAGAACGAGAGAACCUUUUGGAAUUCGUUUCAAAACCUUUUGGUAUCUUGAGGAUACCGAAAAAAUCUUGACUGGAAAGUUUGCUCAAGAACUGAUCCACGAGCCUGACGGUGUAAUAUUUCAACCUAUGAGAGACCCUUACAAACCAGGUCGAUGUGACGAAACUUUGAAAUGGAAACCUCCGGAGUUAAACACUAUUGAUUUCAGGUUGAAAGUUGUUCAACAGUCUGGUGAAGGAUUGCUUCCAAUCAAGAUUGGAGAGCUAUACGUCGGAGGAUUAGAGACGCCAUUUGGAUUAAUGAAAAUGACAAAAGCUGUUUCUGGGUUAUCCGGAAAAAUUGUGGAAUGCAAAUACGUCAAGAAUCAAAGAGGUGGGAGUUGGGCAUUUCUCCGCGAAAGGACAGACAAGAGUUUUCCUAACGCAUACAACACUGCAAAGGCUGUUGCUCAAAGCAUUGCACAUCCUGUGACACUAGAAAUCCUCUUGGAUUUUAUUGCUCGACAUCGCUAUGUGAAACAUUAGCUUAUAUUAAAACUUCAACGUUUCGUAAAUUUUAGUACUCUCCUGUGUAGAAGUAGUGAAAAUGAAAUUUAUGUAUUCUAAUUUGUACUAUUUAUUGUGGCACGAUUAUUGCCGCAAUCUCUCGGUCGAUCAAGUUAUUAAUUCAGUAAUUAUUGCAGUCCACACAAUCGAUAAUUAUUUAUGAACUACAUAUAAACACUAACUGUUGUUAAAAUCCGCCUUUAUUUUAUUAAUAAUUAUAAACGUACGUCAUACGUAGUUGUUUAAGGUCCGUGAUGUUAUCAAUUUAUUGCGCUAUUGUAGCAAUUGAAAUGUACUAAGAAAAGCUUGUUCGAGAUACCGUGAGCUAUAUAUACAAUCCUCACGCAAUAAAAUAAUCUUGAAAAGUUAA